ACUUCCGUCAUUGCAUUACGUGGAUCAGUUCUGGAAAUUUCCACGAGGGUGAAAAGGCGCUCGCUGACUCGCUCAAGCUCGCUCGUGACAUUCGGUUGUUCUCGUACUUCUCGUCUGUGACGUGAAAAUCCACUUUCUAUUGAUCGUAUAGGUGAAUUUUUCGAAUCUCCGAGCAUCCCAGGGCAUUCCAAGCAAAAUGUCGUUGUUCGGAUUCAUGGGCGAUGACGAUAUUUUCAAUAUCUUUGGACCUUCUGGUGCUCAUAUGAGGCAGAUGAACAGCAUGAUGAACUCCAUGUUCGCCAAUCCAUUCGAGAUGAUGGGACCGAAUGCUCUUAUGCCUUCUUAUCGUAGAGGACUUCAUAAUGAUAUGCCGGUUUCCAUAUUUGAACCUCAUUUUGGAAGAUUUGGUUUAAACAGCAUGCCGAAUAAUGGUCAUUCAUUCAUGAGCCAAUCGGUGAUGACAAUGUCUAGUGGUCCUGAUGGUCGACCACAAGUUUAUCAGGAGACUAUGUCUACAAGAAUGGCACCCGGUGGCAUAAAAGAGACUAAACAGACAGUAAGCGAUUCUCGUACUGGAACCAGGAAAAUGGCUAUUGGUCAUCAUAUUGGUGAAAGGGCACAUAUUCUUGAACGAGAACGAAACUUAUAUCAUGGUGAUGAGGAAGAACGACAGGAAUUUAUUAAUCUUGACGAAGAAGAAGCAGAGAGUUUCAAUCGCGAAUGGGAAUCACGUACCCGUCGUACUGCUGGUGCAAUUGAGGGUGCACAUCCAGCUAGUAAUGUCAGGGUUAAUCCAGAACCAAGACAGUUAGCUUUACCAUCUACCACAGACGUACCAGCAAGUCGACAUUCUAACAGAAGAUGGGUACCUUCUUCUAGACGUGCAAUAAGGUCUUUAAAUCCUUCGAAAAUAAAUAAAAGUACAUCUUCCUCUUCAAGCUUUAAGUCCACACAACCCGCAGCGUCUUCAAGAGCCGAAACAUCAACGACGUUACCUACGUCUACGUCAGGAUCUCGAAAACGCGAACAUAAGCCGGAUAGACAAGUUAGUAAUAAGCGUCACGCUGUUCCCGCUAGUAACAACUAGAAUAUCUCUAAACUACUAUCCAUAAACGUACUUUACUCUCUAUCCCUAUUACUUUACUCUAUCCUUAUUACGAAACCUCACAUAACGAGGCUUACUUUAAACAGAUUAGAAAAUUAUUAUUUUUUUCAUAACCGUUAUUCUAAGAAAAAUUGUUCAAUUAUUUUUCCUAAAAAUUGUUGUUUCAUGCACUUGCAAGAAGUAUUAUCUUGAUAUACCUAUGUAAACCAAGUGCUCAGCGAAACUCAACGUUUUUUCUUUUCUUUUGUAUACGAAUAUUUAUUUAAAUAGAUGUGUAGAAUCUCAGUUAUACGUCGAGAACAUAAAGGAAAUAAAUAUAAACUUCUAAAAUAUAGCUCAGACCUUUGCCAUUAAUUAAAGGCAACAGCAAUUUUUCAUAUUAUUUUUAUAUAUAUAUUCCGUCUUUUAAAAUAUAUUUAUUACUGUAUAAUCGAAGAUGUCACAUCCAUUAAUAGUUGAUCAGUUUCAGUUAGUUUCAUUAUUGUACAAUUAAAUAUAUUCAAAGUGUAAAGGGAAUAUAAAUAAAUUUCUUGUUUAAAAUGUA